UUUCUGAAUGUAUAUAUUGUAGUGGUGUAAAAAGUACAUUUCUUUAGUGGAAGUGGCAAUACUCAAUAUACAAGGUGCAUGACAUGAAUGUUGAUUCAAUCAGACAUACCUCAAAAUUGUAUUGAUAACCUACUUCAAUAAAUGUUCUUUGUUGUUAUUUCAUCACUGUGAGCACACGCUCCAUGAAGGUUCCUCACCCAUGUCCAUAUCCUUCUUUAUUGUCAUUUUUUUCUUUAAAACUGCAGCCUAUGUUAUGCUGAUUAUUGUGAGGUUUGGUGUUAUUUAAGGAGGUAGGGUCUCAUAAAUCCAUAUCUUGUGCGAAAAUAUCAACAGCUGCAGUCCAUGGUGCAGUUGCUUCCUUCACUCGAGGGAUUGCCAUGGCGACGCGAUGCACUCCCGCUGUCAUAUAUGUCAUUUGUUGAAGUUUAAUGGGACAGCUCAGCACUUUACGACGGUAGAUAACACCUCACUUCAUUCAAAUAAAAUUUGGCAUCUACGGAAAUGAUUGACCGGAUAAAUUGUCUUCGUUUACCUGACGUAACUUACGUCGCACACUGACGUCAUCGCGAAUCUUUUACGUCAUUGUUUCACUCGGAGUAACACUUCAUAUGGAACAAGAGCAGCUGAGAGGAACAAGACCACAUGGACAUGAUGUCAGAGACGGGUCCUUGUAAUCCAGCGUCAGACUGUGACACUGAUCAAGUUACCGAUGAAGGAAAGAAACAUGUGUCUGUCCUUCAGACCCAUGUGGUGUCCAUGGCGCCAGGUUUAGAACAAAGGUCAGGUUCACCUGAGGACAUAACGGCACACGCGGAUGACAUGGCCUACUACGUCACAUGGACAGUUUGCAUUGCCCUCGCUGUCCCAAGAGGGGAAGACAUUGAGGCCCCUGGAAAGACGGAGAAAACAAAUAAAGCUCAGAGCUGGUACCACAUAGAAUACAAGUUGUUGCCAUGUGAUACAGAGACGGUCAAAGUGGACCUACUGGUUUUUGGGCCCCUAGCAAAACUCUACAAUGAAGAUGAGUUCAAGGUUGUUAGAACGUGGCAGGACGGAGAUCAGACAUGGGUCGGCUGGAGCCAGCAUUUCAAGAUCAGGGUGAACAAGGACCUGCUGAUCAGUCUGCUUCCUCAUACCAUCACGCUCCAGAUAUGGAACAGUACGGAAAAACUGUCCAACCAGGCCCGCUAUGAGAGAAUGAAUGCUUUCAGACCGACACAGGAUCAGCCGGAAGAUAAAACGGACACCUGUGGUGGUAUUAGGAGCAUGGUCAACAACCUGAGGUCCUGCUGUAAGAGGACGUCGAAUACAUCUAAAAAGAGCGGAAGUGAUGAACUGUUUGAUUCCAAUGCAGAAGGGGGCUCAGAAGGAGAAUUUCAAAAACCCACAAUUGAUUCUUUCAACCUUGAGGAAGCCAAAGUGAAUGGGGUCGCCUCAGCUGAACUCCGUCUCAUUCGUUUAGUAGCGGGUGAGACCUCUGUAACUCAACGCUUCGCAGUGUGCUCGUGUGGCGUGUCGGAGGUGGUGUGCAACGUCUCUCUGGACAGCCCCUUAAUAUCUGACCAAAUGAAGGCGCAACUCAAUCCACUGGUCAUCACCAUUGUGUCCGCCUCCUCCAUGCCUUCCUCGCCGGUCCCCUUCCACGUCCUGGAGGAGAAAUGUGGGCCGGUUUACUGCCAGUACAAGUUCCACGACUCGGACCUGCACAAAACAAACUCCCAAAUGCGUGGCACCAGAGUCCACUUCGGAGACGUGCACGUGAUCCUGACUGGCCUGAUGAAUCCCGGGGAGCUCAGGGAGUUCCUCUCCGGUCCCCCUCUCGAGAUAGAGGUCCAUGAUCGGGACAUGAAGCGGGAAGAAAGGGCCCCGACGCUCGGCCCCGGCUCAGUUAGCGAGGACUCGCCCACGCAGACCACAGCGGGCCCGGACCCUUACGGUGUCGCAAGGCUGAAUCUCUCCGAGCUGCUGCUUGGGAGGAAAAGGCUAGAGGAGCACCUGCCAAUCAAAUGCUGCCCGCCGCCUCCGCUGGCGGACAGGGAGCGGGACGGGAGGACGAUGCCACCGGGCCGUUAUUCUGAGGCCAAUUCCCAACUCAAAGUGGAAGUCGAGAUAUGUUGUCCACUCCACGUCCAGGACGACGGCUGCGGGGGUCCGUUCGGGCGCAUCGUCUACCUAUUCGACUACAGCAACUUGUCUUUGAUGACCAGGCUGAGGUCAGAAAUCCUCACCAUCAACGCGUCGGCGCUCCAUCUUGACUCGCAGCGGGGCCUGUCCGGUCGCACAAUGAAUUUCUGUCCCGACGAGAGCCGGGAUCUGGAUUUUGUCUCGGGGUUCCACGUGCUCGACAAGAGGGCCCACGUCUUUGUUCUCGAGGGGCUGAGACGCGGAGCAGUGAGGAGACUCUGGGAAGCCGUUCCUCUGAAGCAGAGUGGGAGUGAAGAGGAGCAGGUGAAAGUCCUUUACAAUUCAAACCUGGGUUUCUUCAAGCGCAUCUACGGCUCAUUAGGUGUGGCCCUGAGUCCCAUCUGUUUAUAUGAGCCUCUGGAGACCAUCAUGAGACGGCCUCGGGUCUACAUCAGAGGGAUGGUCCCCCGACCCUGCUUCCAAGCUUUGAUAAGGUUGAGCCAGCUCCGCCGAGCGGAGCGACUCACAGACGCGACGCACUGCGACCUCUUCCCCUCGGCCGCCAUGAUCCUCGGCCUGGGCAAGACCUGCGGCACGCGUGCCGGGCAGCGGGAGCAAAAGGGCGCGGCCAACGUGGCGCCGGCCCCGCCCACUCGGCCCGCACAUGUCAAGAGUGACGCCCCGCGCGGCGCGCAAAGUUUAGAGAAAUGGAAACGCACCAGCCGGUCGGUCAACCAGUCCAGGGACUUCAUUCAGGAAAACGUUAAAAAGGUGCACGAGGAAAGUGAGCGCUUGCAGAAGCCGAAAGCCGCUGUGUUCGGGAAGGAACUGUUUGCAGCCGGACCGGUGCACAACUACAGCAUCCAGACCUUCAACUCGAGUGAGCGAGCCAAGGAGCUGCUCCGGGAAGCGAUGGCCCAGGCUCCAGGGAGGAGGUUCACCUACUGCCAGCGGUAUCACAGCGCCACAGUGGAGCGAGGACACGGCACAUCCCAAAAACGCACCGACUCCGUCGCUGCCGUUUGGUUCACAAGCAGGAGCAGCGAGUCCAAGUUGCACCCUCGCCACCCGGACGAGGCUCGUGUGGAGGAGCUGAGGAAGCCAUGGAGGGAGAACGUCCUGCACGGAAACAUAUUGAAGCCUCCACUUUCAAGGGACACCUGGGCCUGGAGCCAGCGCCACGAGGACUUUCAACUCCACUUCAAACCUCUAUCUUUUUUCAGCCCGCCCCCGUCCACCAUUCACCUGGCCGGAGACCUUCUGAAGCAGGAGCAGCUCGAGGCAGCCGCAGCGCAGAACCCGCCAGGCACCGCCCCCCUCCCCCGGUUCACGUGCCACAUGGCAGGAAACUCGGACAGGAUUCAGGAGAUACUGAAAGACGAGCCCAAGAAGUAUUCACUGAGGAAAGCGGGCAUGGUGCUGGAGCCUCUGCCUCCGCUGUCUGUGAAAACAACCGGCGUGGCUUCGGCCCCUUUCGGACGGACGCAAAAAAAAAGGGGCAGCGCCAGACGUCUCCCGCCGCCCGGCGAGCACCACUAGACUCCGUAAGCGGCCCACCCUGCCCUUGGCGGAACACGAGAAGAACGUCUUCCCUUCCCAGAAGUCCACACCUCAGAGCCCACAGAAACCCAGCAGGCCGAUGACCAUCGAAACCCUGCAGC